UUCCUACAGCCCAAGGCCACUUCCACCAAAACUGCGGGCAAGGCCCUGCACAAGUUCUACGUCGACUACUCGGUCCCCGUGAACGACAAUGUUUUCGACCCUGCCGCCUUCGAGAAGUUCCUUCACGACCGCAUCAAGGUCGACGGCAAGCCCGGCCAGCUCGGUGACUCGAUCCAGAUCUCCAAGGAGGCCAACAAGCUGGUUCUCACCUCGCAGAUCCCCUUCUCGAAGCGCUACCUGAAGGCAAGUGCGAUCUAUCUCACGAAGAAGCACCUCAAGAAGAACUCGUUCGAGAACUUCCUCCGUGUUGUGGCGACUUCUAAGGACACUUACUCGCUUCGUUACUUCAAGGUCGACCAGAAUGAGGCGGACGACGAAGAGUAG